AUGAACAACAUGUCUAACAUUUCGAACCUGCCCACCCCUGACUCGUGCUCGGUGGAAGUGACACAGACGUCGACGCGGUCCUUCUUCGAAGAGAUGGACUGCCACGUGACCAAGAAGGCCAUGCUGGACUUUUCACCAGAGUCCACAUUCAUUCUGACUCCCGAGUCGGAGUGUAACUACACCUACGAUAGCAAGGCGGCUGCAGACGGCGACUCCGGCGCACGUGACUCCUCACGUGAUCUCCAGGCGACGGAGCUGACUGCGCGCGAUCUCAUUUCUUCGCUGCCCACGUCCCUGCCGCCCAUUUCGGUGUCGAUGUUGACUCGGCUGCUGACGGUGCUGCGUCUCCCGGUCACGUGCCGGCUACUAAGCAGCACGAUUCUCGACUCUUUGUCGCGGGACUUUUACCGCCACUGGAUCAGGUCGAUUCCCAUGGAUGCAGCGAUCCAUCCCGAGUUGGUGGUGAUUGCCACCUUGUCCGUUGCGAUGAAGUUUGCCGAGGACGAGUUUUACAGCCCCAAGUUGUUUGUGGACUGUCUCAACUGCGAGCUCCAGUCGGUUUUGGAUCCUAGCUAUGUGUUUCCUACCGUUAAGGAGAUGGUUGAUUUGGAGCUGAGAAUUUUGAAGGAUUUGGAUUACAACGUCGCUCAGUUGAUGGGCGAGUUGGUGAAUUGA